AUGCAUCAUGGUUGGUGGGCUGAUGAACGAUCAUCCGAAGGAAUCAAAGCAAAGCUCGCAAACUAUAACGCCAAAGGCCCGUUGGAUGAUUCUGCGACGACGGUGCUCCGAAGACUCACCCGUUCUGAAUGGAACGUAGUUCGGCAAACUAACUCGAUACCUUACAAAGAUGCAGUGGCCCUGACUCUGUAUGGGGACUCACAACCUGUUCAGCAGGAUGAACAGGAUCGCGAUCCUGGCAGAGGAAAACCAUUUCGUAGAUUACGACGCCUCCGGAGACACAGCGAUAGAUGUCUGCCUCAUGAAUAUGUGAUUCCACAACGAUCUCCGUACCCAGAUCCACUACUACCACACUCUGAUGAGACCGGUGUUCCCGCACCCCUCGAUGCGCGGCUCUAUCUAUCGUGGACCGACUACGAUACGUCGCAGGACUACCAACUACGAGGCAGAACUUCUGCUCCUGCGCCAGUGGAGGGGUGUGUCCUUAUGGAAGAUAUUUACACCCACGUGAAGCGUAUUGAUCUUCGUCACUCCCUCGCAUUUGUCUCGCUGAUGCAAACAGUCAGUCUAGAUGGCAAAGACACUGUGCUUAGCACAGAAGCAGUCACAGGGCUCAAAAUCCCACUUCAAUUUACACCUGCGCUUGGGAGGAAUCACAUUACCACUGCCGUUGUCCAGCUCUACCUUCCACGUUUAGCUUCAGACAAGGAAUGCGAGAAAUGUGCAACAUAA